UAGACGCUGCGUCUCUCCUACAACUCUCCAUCCUCCAACAACCGACUCUCUUUAUCGUCAUUAAUCAACUGUCAUGUAUAUCAACGUCGCAGGUCACCAAGUCGGUCGGGUCGGCUACGGGCUCAUGCAGCUCACUCUCUUCGAUGCUAUACCUGAUGAGCUCGCUUUCAAAGUCAUGAAGACGGCAGUCGACAAUGGCUCAAACUGCUGGUCAUCUGCAACUUUCUACGGACCUCCCCAAGACCCAUAUGCCAACAUCAAGAUUCUCCGUCGUUUCUUCGACAAGUAUCCCGAGCUCAAGGACAAGGUGGUCUUGGUGCUCAAAGGCGGAUUGCAGAUUACCGCAAACGGGCAGGAAGCUCGCGGUAGCGAUGUGGGGUAUCUCCGCGAAAAACUCAAGACUUUCAAAGACAUUCUUGGUGACAAGACCAUCGACGUCUUUUCUCUCGCUCGGCUCCCCGACACGCCUGUGGAAGACGUCUUCAAAGGUCUCGUCUCACUCCAAAAAGAAGGCUGGUUCAAUGCCAUCGCGGGAAGUGAGAUGUCUGCCGCUUCACUUGAGAAGGCUUCCAAGAUCACCCCCAUCGCCUUGAACGAAAUCGAAGUCUCCUUCAUGUCCUACGAAGCUUCCAUCCGCGACGCUAUCGCCUGGUCCGAUGCCAACAAAGUUCCUUUCUUUGCCUAUUCACCUCUUGGCCGUGGUCUACUCUCUCGGAGAUUCAAGACGGCCGCGGACGCUGUCGGGGCGGCAGCUAGCUAUAGCCCAUGGCUUCAAGGCGAUGCCUUUAAUGCUAAUAUCAAGCUGGUCGAUUUGGUGGAGGAGAUUGCCGCGAAUAAGGGAGUGAAGGUGGGGGAGUUGGCGCUCGCUUGGGUCGUUGGAAUCUCGGACUACGUGAGCUCCUAUUCACUGCUCGAAACAAGACGACGCUGAAAAUUCGGGCCUCCUCAGUCUAUCCCCAUCCCUGGCUCUUC